UCGAUACAACACCAAGCAAUACCAAGGAACCUAUGGAGAGGUAAGCUCAGCCUCACCUCAGCCGAACUAAAGGGUAGUGGUUCAGUCAUCUAUCUCCACCCUGCUUCGUUUGAAAAGGCGCUCAAGGCUCGUAAAGCUGGACGCGGUGUCAGACUCGACAUUACUAAGCACGAAGUGAAGAAGGGCUCCAAAAAGGCUCAAGGAGGCUCUAUCUGGUCCAAAGUAUGGGGAGGGAUCAAGUCUGCAUACAAAUUUGCUAAGGAUUCAGGUCUACUAUCCAGAGCCGUUGAUGCAGCUGCAACCAAGUCCCUAACCGGCAUUGGUAUUUAUGAUUCCGAUAGCAACAAGGAAGGAGGUCGCGUAUCAAUGGCUGACGUAAAGAAGGCUGCAAAGAAUGCUCUUGCAUACACGAAGCGCAAGGGGGUCAUCACCGACGCGGUCGAUGCUGGAGAGAAGUUCCUACUAUCAAAUGCUACCAAGCCGGAACAUGAGGAUCUAAUCAGAUCUGUGCGAAAAGAGGUUCGUCGCCGCUAUGGUGUAGGCGUAGUAAAG